UCUGGCGCUGCGGACGCGCCGGCUUCGAGCAUCCCUAACCUGGCGUCCAGGCUGCUGCCUGCGGGGCUGCGGCUCCGGCGGCCGCGUGACGCGGUCCGCCCGUGACAUGGACGUGGCUAGCUUCGGAGAGGACAUGUCCAACGAUGAUGAGGCUUCCUCCCCAGCAACCGAGGCGACAGGUGGUGCCCACUUGCUGGGAUUCUCUGACGAGAUCCUCUUGCAUAUCCUGAGGAACGUUCCCAGCACAGACCUGGUGCUGAAUGUACGGCGCACCUGCCGGAAGCUGGCUGCCUUGAGUCUGGACAAGAGCCUUGUCCACACCGUGCUACUGCAGAAGGACUAUCAGGCUAGUGAGGACAAGGUGAAGCAGCUGGUGAGAGAGAUUGGCCGGGAGAUCCAGCAUCUCAACAUGGCCGGCUGCUACUGGCUGUCAGGCUCCACCAUCGAGCAUGUGGCCCGCUGCCGAGGCCUGGUGAAGGUGAACCUCUCGGGCUGCCACCUCACCUCCCUGCGCCUCUCCAAGGUACUCUCAGCCCUGCAGCACCUGCGUUCCCUGGCCAUCGAUGUGAGUCCUGGCUUUGAUGCCAGCCAGCUGAGCAGCGAGUGCAAGGCCACGCUGAGCCGUGUGCGGGAGCUCAAACAGACACUGUUCACACCCUCCUACGGCGUGGUGCCCUGCUGCGCCAGCCUGCAGAAGCUGCUCCUCUACUUUGAGAUCCUGGACCGUACCCGUGAGGGCGCUGUCCUCUCAGGCCAGCUCAUGGUGGGCCAGAGCAAUGUGCCCCACUAUCAGAACCUACGUGUCUUCUAUGCGCGCCUGGCCCCCGGCUACAUCAAUCAGGAAGUGGUGCGGCUGUACCUGGCCGUGCUCAGUGACCGCACGCCUGAGAACCUGCACGCCUUCCUCAUCUCUGUCCCCGGUAGCUUUGCUGAGAGCGGGGCCACCAAAAACCUGCUGGAGUCCAUGGCCCGCAACGUGGCCCUGGAUGCCUUGCAGCUGCCCAGAUCCUGGCUGAACGGCUCCACCCUCCUCCAGCAUAUGAAGUUUAACAGCCCCUUUUACUUCAGCUUCAGCCGCUGCACGCUGUCCGGCGGCCACCUGAUUGAGCGAGUCAUCAAUGGGGGCAAGGACCUGCGCAGCCUGGCCAGCCUGAACCUCAGCGGCUGUGUGCACUGCCUGUCCCCAGACUCCUUGCUGCGCAAGGCAGAGGAUGACAUUGACAGUGGCAUCUUAGAAACACUCGUGGCAUCCUGCUGCAACCUGCGCCACCUGAACCUCUCGGCUGCCCACCACCACAGCUCCGAGGGCGUGGGCCGGCACCUCUGCCAGCUUCUGGCCCGCCUGUGCCACCUGCGCUCCCUCUCCCUGCCUGUCUGCUCUGUUGCCGACUCGGCGCCUAGGGCUGACCGGGCGCCUGCCCCGCCAGCGAUGCAUGCAGUACCUCGUGGCUUCGGCAAGAAGGUGCGCAUUGGGGUUCAGGCGUAUCCCAGCCCCUUCCUGGGCCAGUCGGCCCCCCAGCCCUCCUCUGUGUUCUGGUCUCUGCUGAAGAAACUGCCCUUUCUGGAACACCUCGAGUUGAUUGGUUCUAACUUCUCCUCUGCCAUGCCUCGCAACGAACCUGCCAUCCGAAACUCUCUCCCCCCCUGCAGCCGCGCACAGAAUGUUGGGGACUCAGAGGUGGCUGCCAUUGGCCAGCUGGCCUUCCUGCGGCACCUAACACUGGCCCAACUGCCCGGCAUCGUGACGGGCUCUGGGCUGGUGAGCAUUGGCCUGCAGUGCCAGCAGCUGCAGUCUCUGUCGCUGGCCAACCUGGGCAUGAUGGGGAAGGUGGUCUACAUGCCUGCCCUAGCGGACAUGUUGAAGCACUGCCAACGGCUGAAGGACCUCAGGCUGGAGCAGCCCUACUUCAGUGCCAACGCCCAGUUCUUCCAGGCGCUCAGCCAGUGCGCGUCCCUGCAGCGCCUGUGCCUGGUGUCCCGCAGCGGCACCCUGCAGCCCGAGGCCGUGCUGGCCUUCAUGGCCCGGUGCCUGCAGGUUGUCGUGUGCCACAUGUUUACGGGGGAGUCCCUCGCCACCUGCAAGAGCCUGCAGCAGUCGCUUCUCCGAAGUUUCCAGGCUGAGAGGCCCGCGUUGAACGUCGUCAUCUUCCCACUGCUCCACGAGGGCCUGACGGAUGUCAUCCGGGAUGUCCCCAUGGUGCACCUGGACGAGAUCACCUUGUUUAAAAGCAGAGUAGCUGAGGAGCCGCCGAACCUGUGGUGGUGAGAAGUCCACGUCCUGGCCCUGCCACUCCCCCCAGCCGAACCUCUCCGGGCGAGUCUCCAUCGGGAGCCAGUGGACAGUGGGGUUCUUGUUCUGUGACAGGAAGAAAGCGUCUCUUCAGUCACCCUGUGGCACCCGUCCUGACUCCCUGUGUUUCCUCUUGUUCACUGUCCUGAGGACUGUGGCUCAGUGAAGUCUGGUGACAAGUGAUCAGGUGGGCCGUGGAGGUGAGGGCAGUGGGCAAGCCAGGCUGGCCCGCAGGGUCUGGUCAGGGGCCCUGCUCCCCUCCCUGGUGCUGUCCCUUUGCUCCUGUGUUCAUGGUCACUUGCCAUGUCUGCCCCACAUGGGGCUGGGGUGGGCCACACUCUCCCUAUGAGAAGUCCACACUGACAUCUGUGUGUUUGCGACUGUAGAAUUGGGGCCCCCGUUAAGACAUUUUAGGGCUGGGGCUAUGGCCUAGUGGCAGAAUUUGCCUAGUAUGUGAAAGUCCUUGGGUUCCAUCCCUAGCACCUCAGAGGGAAAAAAAAAAUACAUUUUUAACCCAGUUACCCUGUGGGUCAGGAGUGCUGGGUGGGGCCUCCUAGGCUGAGCUGGAGGGGCCACUUUGUUCCCCCCACAGCUCCCUGGGGUGCCUUGAGUGUUGCCCAGAAGAUCUGGGUGUGCUUGGGCUGUGUUAGCACAGGUAGAAAUCCUACAACUUGAGUGCUUGUGUAAGAUUGGAACCUGGCACGCAACUGUGUUUAGUCCUUAGACAAAUUAACGAGGGCCAGAGACGUAGCUCAGUUGGUAGCGCUUGCCUAGCCUGCUCAGAGCUUUAGAUUCAGUCCCAGCACCGCACAAGACUAAGGGUGGUGGCAGAUGCCGGUAAUUCCAGCAAGAGGACCAGGCAGGCGAUCAAGGUCAUCCUUGGCUACAUAGUGAGUUGUUAGCCCAGCCUGGACUACAUGAGACCCCGUCUCAUUACCCCUCUCUCCCAAAAACAAAAGGGCAAGACAGAAUUCAGUGGAGCAGUUUGGAAGACGAGGAAGAGUUGGAGACCUUACCCUUAUCCUGGCAGGGACCUCUACAGGACCUGUGGUUGCACUGUGUCCCCCUGGCUCCUGCCCCGCCCCAUGGGGUGGGUGGGUCCCUUGCACCAUUGGUGUGGCUUCCAGCCUAGACCCCAUGGUCUGCAGACCUCACUCACCACCAGUAACCCUCAGACCCGGCCUGCUCUUGUCUCCUGUUUCCAUGACAACAGAGCCUCUCACUCUGAUACCCUCAACUUCCCUUGCUGGUGAACUGGCCCCUGGUGUGUGCCCUUGGCUCUUGGGGAAGGCUGUGCUCUGCAGCUCAGGCCUGGGGAGACCUGGGCUUCUGACUGGGCUUUGGAAUCACCCCCAAUCUGCUUGGUCCCCUGGGCCCCAAAAACACCCUCAUGCUGGCCCCUACCAGUCUGGCUGUGUUGCUCGCCCAGGGUCUGUCGUGUAGGCCUCCUUCACCCUGCUUUUCACUCCUGUCUGGAGCAGCCAGCUGGUGACCGUCACUCCUAGCCAGAGGAGCCGUCUCCAAGCUCAGGUCCCUCCAGAGGACUCCCAGAGCCUCUGAGAGCCACAGCCCGUCCCACCUCUCCCUGGCAUUGCGGUCGUGCAGUAACCGCGGUGGUUCGCUGUCCACGUAGCUGUAGACGAGGGUCUCGGAGGAGGGAAGCACCUCCCCACACGCACCCUGAAGGCUACCAUGAAGUGAUCGGCCCUGUGCUGUGGGCCCUUGGGGACCCACCACUGAUUAUCCUCAAAGCAAGGCUGUGGCUAAUCAUAGCCCAGGAGGGAGCCAGUGGCCUGGAGCUCCUGGGUCACCUGGUGCUCUGGCCUUUACAGCUUGCAUUCCUCCAGCCCAGUCCUACCCAAGCGGGAAGCCAUCGUUUCUCUAAGACGCUGCCCUGAACGAAGGCUGUUCCUGUCCUCUCUGCUGGCCAGUUCACAUGAACAAGUGGUCUUAGUCCGUGGUGUCACACUUGUCACUAGGGCUGGCAAGGAGGGGCCUAGGAAUGGGGUGCUGGGGGCAAGCCACCCCCAAACAGUAGAGCUUGUGUUGUCGGCAUCCCCUGCAACAGUCCUUUGACUUGGAGCAAGAAUUUUGCUCCUUCUCUCCCUCCACCGGAGACGGAUUCACCAGAUGUCAAUAAUGUGCUUAUUUUCACUAAGUGCUGUUUUGGCACCGGUGAUAAUUGCAGUUUAUAUUCUGCCGCAUUUCAUGCUGGAAAAGAACCCACCCUAAUGGUCCCCAAUUGGCAGGAUGGGGCUGUUAAGUGGUAGACCAUGUGCUGCUUGCCGAGAGAGCGGGGUCAGCACCCCCGCCUGUGCGUGCGUGUGUGCGUGUGUGCGCGUGCACACGUGUGCCUGCAUGCACGAGGGCUCUGUGUGUGAGAGGGCUCAAGCACGCAUAUGGGAAGGUGAGUGUAUCACCCCGGUGUGUAAACAGCUGUCUCCGCUCUCCCGUGGCUGCCUGCAUCUCCACCUCAGCCCCACCCGCCACAGACCCUGUGUCCCUGGACUCCACACGCGGAGACCCUGCAGCUUGCUGCAUAUUACUGAGUUAAAAUCCCUGAGUGGCUUUUGUCAUUUUCAGUGAGAGAAAUUGACAGAGACCAUCCUUCCAGCCGCCCGUCAGGUGCCCACGGAAGUCCUGCAAGAGUGAGGCCUGAGAGGCCAGGUCUGGCUUCUGGAUCCAUCGGGUGCUGUGUGCCCCAGGCGGCAAGGCAAGCUUGGUGGCUAAAACCACACCCUCCACUUCUCACUGCUAAAAACUGCCUAGCGGAAGGCUGCUUGCUAGGCUAACCUGGGCCUGGAGGGGCCUGUGGUGAAGCUAGACCCACCAGUGCAGCUGUGAAGACUAAGAUGAGGCCUCUGGGGGCCUGUGGGGGUCUAAGGCCUCAUACUCCCCUCAGAGAUGUGACAGGGUGCCCCUUCAUCUUGCUCUUUCUGUGACCUGCCCCCUUUAAGUUUUGGAAAUUGCCCCAGACUUAGAAAGAAGAAAGAGUCAGUUGUGGUACACACCUAUAGUCCCAGCUCACAGGAGGCUGGAGGAAGGAGGAUCAGGAGUUCAAGGUUAGCCUCAACUACAUGAGUUUGAGGCUAGUUUGGGCUACAUGAGACCUGUUUCAAUAAGGAGAGAGAAUGACUUUGCACUCCCACAGAUGACAGGUCCUAGCCAUAAAACCCAAUGUCCAGAGGGCACAGUGACCACCUUUGUGGGUGUGGCAGUCAUUGUUACUUGCCACUGUUAGUGCCCCCGCUGUAAUGCUGGGAGCUCUGUGACUGGUCUUGUUUCGUGCUGGGGUGCAGGGUCGUAAUGGAAGCUCGUAGGCUCUGCUGGCCUGGCCGUGGUGAGCUGAUAGUCCACAAAGUCGUAGACCAGCCAUGGGUCUGAUGCAAGCGGCUUGGCAGCGAUGUUGAAAUGACACUUCAUAGAGCUCUUUGGAGGACCACUGGCCGGUGAACCCUAUUUUGCCACCACAGAGCUGGCUCUGGCUGUGCCAUUCCGGGAGCCCAGGGCCAGAGCCACUAGAACUGGCACUGCUGAAGCUAAGCAGGGUCUGUUCCUGAACCAGGGGCGUGCUAGCCAGAUCUCUCACCAUGGUGGCAAAAUGUAUUGUGCAAGGCCUGCGUGUCAGUGAGGAUUUCCGGAGCAGGAGGAGUGUGCUGUGCGUGUGCUCACGUGUGUGCACGGGUGACUCCUCAGUCUGCAGCCAGCAGUGGCAUCUCCCUGGGCCUCGCUGCCACUUCCGACAGUGACCUGUUGUGUGUGACUUUAUCCAGAACCAUCAGAGCUCAGUGUACUUGGUGGGGGGGGGAUGGGCAAAGCCAUUCCCUGGGCCAGGAGUCAUGCCAUAUCUUGUGACCAGGUGCUAAGUGACCAUCCCCUGCCUUUCAGUGCCGACUGCCCCUUCGCUGCCCAGCUGGCGUAACUGUCUGUGGUGGUCAGUCGGCAUCUGAGCCACAUCCACUCCCGAAUUCUGUGUUGGCGCUAAUGAACUGCAUUCUGAAUGGGUGUUUUCAUGUAAAUUUGUGGCAUGUGGAAAAUUUCAAAUAAAGUGGACUUGGUUUAGAAAAUUA